UCUUUUAUGACCACCACGCUUCGCCUUCAAUCUGCUGCCGGACGUCUCUGUCGUCCCCCCCCCUCACACACACACACACACCAGCACCCCACCCGCCCGGGUCCACCUUUCAUGAAGGGAAAAAGCCUUCCGCCGCCAGUCGCUGCUCAAACGUGGAGGGAAAGACACGGAGAGGGACGCUUGCAGCUGACUGCGCGGCUCCAUUGUUUAGUCCUCUGAAAUUUACGGCUCUGUCGACAUAUUAAGUGCAAUUUGCCUCAGUGCUGGACCAAGAGGGAGGGACUGUUUGUUUCUCCAGGAGUCGGCUGUUGAAAGGACAUUAAAGUGUGACUGGAACUGGCCAUUUGGGACGAGUGUGAGUCCCUGGACCUUGUAAGCAGCAGCAGCAGCAACGUCGGCGUCUACACCUUUGGAGGAGGGAAUGAAACCGGAUGGGGUUACCAUGGAAACAACGGAGCCCAGUGAAGCUGCAGAAGUAGCAGAACCAACCUCAUCGCAGGAGAACAUAUCGGAGCAAGCCCCAUCACAACCAGAGAAAGCUGCAAAUGAUGCGGCUUCAGCGGCCACUCCGAAGACCAAUGGCAAGCCAGUGGCAGCAGACCCCAAAAUAAAACCAAAAGCUGUUGCAAAUAAAACACAGACCACAGCCAAAUCUGCAGGGGCCUCUGGAUCCAACGCACGGUCAGGUAUUGGCCAUCACCGUACGGGGAAUGACGUCAAAUCUUCUAACAAUGUUUCUGCAGCUGCAGUCAAGAAAACGAUGACUACAACAGCGAAAUCAGCAGCAGUUGGAGCUGUACCUAAAAGACCAAUGGGUGUAGCAGCAGUUUCCUCCAUGCUCAAGAACCAAACAAGGGUGCCUGACAAGAAGCCUGUUGGACAGGCCAGGACUACCUCUGUUGCUGCCGUCACAGUAACAAAUGGUACCAAACCAACAACAAUGAAUGGCACUGCUAAGAAGAGACCAGGGACUGAGACUGUUAAUGUAGCUAGACCCAAAAGCACAGCCACUACCGGCAGACCAGCUGUGUCCACUGCCCCGAAACCCAGCACUUCGACCACAGCAAAAGCUGCUGCUGUUGCUGUUUCAAAGACCACCAGGCCUGCUACAGGUCCCACAACAUCUCGACCUGCAUCCACAACAUCCAGACCCACCACAGUUACAACCAAGCCGUCUACCGGUGCAACUGCCAAAACUGUUGCUUCUAAAGUUACCACAGCAUCCUCUACUGGCAGAACCACAGCAGCACAGCCUCCUAAAACUGCUGCUGCUGCUAAGAAAGAUGUCAGUCGACCACCUCCUGCUGCAGUGGCUAAGAAACCUACAACAGCUCCGUCAUCAGCUGCUACCAGAAAACCUGAACCGUCUAAACCCUCAGCCACCGUAAAGGUCAACCCUUCCUCCAAAUGGUCCACAACAGCGAAGGCAGCAGACCUGAAAGUGUCACAGUCCAAAGCUCAAGCUCCUGCGAAAUCUACUCCCACAAAGAAACCUGUAGCUGCUGCUGCUGUUCGGUUUUCCGCCACUAACAAACCACCCCUUGGCCGAACUCCACCUGCUUCUCCAGCCACCAAACCUGCAAACAGCACCACCUCUCAAGCAAAACGUGGCACCAAACCAACUCAGGCGGUCUCACCUUUCACCACGAGCAAGAAGACGGGGUUUACAAAUUCUACCACACCUGCUAUAGAAGCACAGACUGCUGCUGUUACCGUGGUAGCAGCUGCCACAGCAGUGACUGUGCUGACAGAAAGACAGAUGGAAGCUUCAGUGCCCUUACCACAUGGAUCAUCCCUUGCUGCCUCUGCACCAGAGGAGGUCCCUGCUCCAGUCUUAGCACAGGAUACCACACCAGAGGUCGUACCUCAAGAGACUGCCCAAAGCCAUGAAGCUGCUUCCUCUCCUCCACAAAGCCCCGACAGGACAGCCUUACCACAAACCUCCCCACCUCAGGAGCAGCCAGAGGGCAGUGCUGUCUUGCUAACAAUGCAGGAGCAGACGCUGGCCUCGGCAAACCCUGCAUUACUACCUGUGGCCUGCCCUCCUCACCUAUCUGAGGAGCCUGUUCACCUGUUGACAGACCAAGCCCCCUCCACAUCUAAAGCCCUCCCAGCAGCAGCAAAUGCCACCUCUCAGACAGUUCAGGCUACUAAUUUAAAUGAGGAGGAGGAUGAAGAGGACAGGGAGGGAAGCCAGCUGGUUUCUGUCUCUGAAAUGAGUGGAACCACACAACCCACAGAGGACUCUCGUCCUGGGUCAGCUGGUCCAGUAGGGGGGUCUGCUUGGAGGGCCGGUGGCGCCCUGCUCUCUGAGCUAGACUCUGAGGAGGUAAGUGGCAGCCAGCAGGGUGCGUCUGAAUUGAGCGCCCCUGGUGUCUUGGAAGGCACAGAGAGCAUGGAUGAUCUGGGAGAAGGCAGUCUGAAGGGAGCCAUCGACAUGGAAGGAGCCUCAGCAGGUUCACCUGAUUUUGAGAAGGUCCCUGACAUACCAGUUAAUGACUUUGAUGAGGACGAAGAUGAAGACGAUGAUGAUGAUCGGGUGUGCGACAUGGAUGUGGGCUCAGAGAGGGCAGAUGAACCGCAGAGACCUAGGCACGACAAUGAUGUGGACGAUGAGGAGGAGGAUGAAGAUGUAGAGAUGGCCAGUGAGGGGGUGACGGAGAGUGGUCUGGAAAGCUAUGGGAAUGCAGAUGAGGAUGACUUUGUUGAAGAUGACAGGUUGGACAACUUGAACAGAGUGGCCCAGCCACCACCUCCUCCCCUGCUUCCCUCUGCCCCUGCUGCUCAAUGGGACCAACCAAAUCCCUUUGUUGAUCCCUGGGCAGAACCUCCUCAGGCACAGCAGGUGCAUGAGCAAGUCUCCCAGCCCAUACAGGUAGAAGGAGCAGCUGCAGCAAGCCCUUUAGUAGACCCUUGGCAAGCGGACUCUGAGACCACAACUCAUUCUCCAGCCCAAGCCCAAGCAUGGCUAGAACUAGGCUCUGAUCCAUUUGCUUCUGAAAACCAAGAGGUUCCCCAUCAUUCCUCUGUCAAAAAUAAGCCACAAAAUCUAGAGGCCUGUAUGUAUAUGGAUGAGUCGAGCCCAGCACCAAUGCAUACCCUGGCCCCAGCUCCACUCUCUGCCCCAGGAAUGUCUCUGUCAAGCACCCUCAGCAGUGAGACAAGCACACCUGAGGAACUUGGUGACUACAAUCGAGACAGGAAGUUCCCACCUCAAGAUGCACAAGCUGCCGCGCUUUCCCAACAGCCUGACCUGGACUACCAGGACAUGGGUAUUCACAUGGAGAGAGGACACGGGGAGGGAGAGGAGAAGGCAGAAGUGGAGACCCUGCCUGCUGAUGAAGUUCUGGGAGGCCCUGCAAUUGCCCCUGCUUCCAACCUCUCCUCUUCAUCGUCUGCAACAGAGGACGAGGCCAGCGACACAGAGGGAGAAGCUCAGUUGGAUGAUUCCUUGGAGAGUCCAUUGGUUAGCCACGUAACCUUUGACAGUCAACCUACAGCCCAACGUUGCCUGUCCACUGUGGAAGAGGGGGAGGAGGUGGAGAUGGGGGAGUUGGGAAUUGGUGCAGGUGAAGACACCACCCCACCUUCAGCUACAUCUUUGGCAUCUUAUGGCUUUGACACCAUGACCACAGCUUCAAACUCCAAUGCCCAGUCCACAGGAGAGAGCUGUAUCAAAAGCCCUGGCAUCUUCUCCCUGGAAGAGCUGCCUGAGGAGGUCAAGGAGACUCACUUCCAGCCUUGCCUCGCAGAACAGCAGUACAUUGAAUGUGGGAAACAGGAAGUCGAGCCUGCUGAGCAUGUCAAGGAGGAUGUGCCGGGGCCAGAGGAAGCCCUGGAUCCUUCAUCAAAUCCUAGUGCUUUGCUGCAACCAGAGGAAAACCCAGAUGACAUCCAGCCUCCCUACUAUUCUGCUAUCUGUGAAAAGACUGAGAACUCUUUUGCAGGCUUCACUGCACUACCGCAACCUCACCUCCGCGAUCACACAGCAUACCCCAGAACCUGCUGUGACAUCGUCAAACCUCACAGCGCCGCGGUCACCCCACCCAAGUUGGCUUGUGCUGACCUCCCACCCAGGAGCCCCGGGCAGCAGGUGCUGAGUCCCCAGCUCCGCAGACUGGAGCAACACCAGAGGCAGCUGCUGGAGCUGCAGCAGCGCAGGGAGAGACAGAACCAACCACUGGAGGAGGCUGAGCAAGAGAGGAAGAGGAGGGAGGAAGAGGAGCAGAGGAAGAAAAAAGAGGAAGCUGAAGAAGAAAUCAAGAGAAAUAAAGAGGAGGCAGAGGUGAUGAAGAAAGAGGAGGAGGAAACAUUGAGGAAAGAAGAGGAGCUUAAGCAGAGGAGAGACCUUGAACUGCAACUGCAGCAGCAACAACAGGAACUGAAGCAAAGACAACAAAUCAUGCAGUGGCAACAAGAGCUGCAACAGUCUAAUAAAGGUCAGACGGUCCUUCUGUCCCCCUCCUCUGGCCUCUCCACCAUCUAUGAAGCGCUGGAGAAUAGUGGCGAAGAAGAGGAUGAGGAUGAAGAAGAGGGAAUAAAGGAAAUCAAACCCAGUAAACGGAAGGAGCCCAGACAAGUGACAUCAAACAAAGAGAUGGGUGACAGGGUGACAUUAAAUGAAGACGAAUAUCGAGACUCGCCACCAUCCACGGAGACGACUCCUCUCCCAGACUCUCCUCUGACACCCAGCAACACUUACCAGGAUGGAGACAGCUCGCCACCUGAGUCUCCAGAGCAACCUCCACCCCUGGACUUGGACUGGGGGAAGAAAGUGGACAUUGUCCAGCAGCUGAUCAAUCAGUCCCUGCUGCUGAACAGAGAUGGCUGCUCUUCCUUGCUGUUGCUGCCAGGGGGUGCAGGAGGCACACUGAGCCCCCUGGAGAGCAGCCUGUGGCCCAGCCUGUUGCCUCCACUCACCCCUCCCUCUGCCACUGUCACCUCUGUCAGUAGUUUCUCCCCAGAGGCCACUGGGAGCUCCCCACAAGGCGAGUGGACAGUUGUAGAGCUGGAGACACAUCACUGAGGAGACGGGAGAGUGUGAUUUCAACAUCUGUAGUACUGCAAUACAUUAACAACAGUCAUACAGGGAAGAUAACACAAGUGCUGUCUUUUUAUGCACACAUACACAUGAGAAUUCAAGACCGGAAGGGGCAGUCAACAGGGUGACAUACACACGUAUACAGGACAGCCCAUACACACAACUAAACAAACAAAAUUAGCAUAUUAGUAUUUACUCCUGGAAAACAGCUGUACAGACUGUAGAAAAUAUUUGACCGGGGCAAUGUGGAAAAAUUGCAAAAACAAAAAGAAAUUCUUUGGCAUUGAUAUACAUCACAACAUCUGUUAACAUAAGACUAACUAGGUCACUCAGUUUAUGUUAUUUUAUGACACCAUUGUACUGAAAUUAUUUCAGGAAAAUAACCUGAGCGAAAUUAGUAAUUGCUUAGUAAGUGUUGAAUUAGAUGGUAUAUCAUGGUUCACAACAUGUUUAAAAAAAAUGUGUGUCAGAUCACAAAAAUAAACAAUUAGUGAUAUUGAUAUACUGCCCAGCCCUGUAAGUAGAUCACUGGUACCCAACCAAUAAGGGGUCACUCUGAAUUCUGAGGGAUUGCCUCAGAAGAGCAGAAAAACAGUUUCUGCUACCCCCUUUUUACCCUUUUUAAAUUACAUAAUAAUUUAAGGUAUUGUAGAUUUUAAAGGUAUUCAAAUGCACUACUUUGAGAGGAAAGUUGAUCAGAUCAGAACUAAAAAGUUAGAAACAAUUGCUGUAGAUUCACUUGGGCCACACAGGAAUUUCUAACUACUGUGAAAACAAGCCCAACAGAUUCCAGUGCUAGAUGGAUUCAAGGGUUGGCUGUUUUCCCAUGAAUCGAUGCUGUUUAUUGGUGAAUAAAAGGUGGAAAAACUUCUUGCCCCUAAUUAGGACUCUCAGGCAGUGCCUACCCAGACUACUACCCUCAAGAAAGUAAGUGGUUAUCUUUAUGAGGACUGGAUUAAGGUUGAGAUGCGGUUAAGUCUCUGGAUUUUAGUCCAGAGUCCAAGCUCUAUGCACCCUACUUUUGUUUCUUAAAUUACAUUUUUUUCAGAUCAUAUUUAUUCACUUAGCUGUUAAAUUUUCUGCAACUACAGUACAUUCUGAUUACCAAGUGAAAUGUGUCCAUAGUGUUUAGUAUUUUAUAUUUAGUCAUAUUUUUGGGCUUGUUUACUUAUUUUCCAGACAUUUCGUAAUAUAAAACAGACUUUACACUCUUUAAGCACAUGAUGCAUUGAGUAUUUUAAUAUAAUAACUACCUCCACGUUGAUAAAACUCCCAAAUUUACAAAGCAUUGACUCGGGACAUGCCAGUUGUAGUGACAACGCUGCCUACGAGUCUGUUCGUGUGGUGCUGCUAGUUACGAACCUCAACACCAAUGAGAUAUUCAGCACCUCUCUCACCUCACACUCACAAUCCUACACACUGACUGUAAUAUCACACUUAAGUCCUUUAAACUCACACACCUGAAAUGUGAUUACUGAUUCCCAUGAUGCAUCACUGCUACUGACUUUACAGGGUUGGAACUGGACUCUUUUCUUGAUGCCAAAUUUCUGUACCAUUGGUGGCCAUACACUCACACACCAACCGUGCCAAAUGGCGACGCUCAAUCGAUGGAAAAAAAAACAAACAAACAAACCAACUGAUUAACAGUUGUUGUUGUAUUGGUUGUUUUACUUUGUGUUCCUCACCUGUAGUCCCAGUUAUGAAGCCGCAACUGUUUGUGAUCAUGAAAAUGAGAAUACACUGGAGAUGUCUUCCUACUGAAUACUUAUGAAGCAACACAGAUUCCCAAAUUUACGAGAUUGCACUUCAUCAAGUUCCUAAUG